UGGACAGAAAAGAACCAGAAGUUUUAACCGUAGUUGUCCGAGGGUUCAAAAGAAAAAACCCUUUACACACACACUCUCCUCCCUCUCUCUCUCGGUCUAUCUAUCUCUAACUUCAACCAAAAACGGCGGCUUGACAAGAAAAUAUGUCUCUGACGCAGCUCCCAGCUUCGAUUUCUUCUUCAUCAUCUGCAUUCUUAGGUCAACAAUCUACAAAUUCCAGAACUUCCAAAUUUUCAGUUUCAGUGACAAGGAAUUUGAUAUGUAAAUGUGUUGUAGCAGCAUCUCCACACACUGAGAAGGCUGCUUACACAACCAAGGUGUCUCGCAAUGCAAACAUGGCAAAACUGGAAGCUGGUUAUUUAUUUCCAGAGAUUAACAGAAGGAAGCUCGCGCACUUGCAAAAAUACCCUGAUGCACUAGUGAUAAGCCUUGGAAUUGGAGACACAACUGAGCCCAUUCCAGAAGUUAUAACAUCUGCCAUGGCUGAGAGAUCAAGAGCGUUGUCGACCUUAGAGGGGUAUAGUGGUUAUGGAGCUGAACAAGGCGAAAAAAAACUGAGGGCUGCAAUUGCAUCAACUUAUUAUGGAGACCUUGGCAUAGAGGAUAGUGACAUAUUUGUGUCAGACGGAGCAAAGUGUGACAUUUCUCGCCUUCAGCUUCUUUUUGGGGCAAAUGUGUCUAUUGCAGUGCAAGAUCCAUCAUACCCGGCAUACGUGGAUUCAGGGGUAAUUCUAGGCCAGACUGGACAGUUUGACAAGGAUGUUGAGAAAUAUGGAAACAUCGAGUACAUGAGAUGCAACCCGGAGAACGGGUUCUUUCCUGAUUUGUCGUCCACCCCAAAAACGGAUGUUAUUUUUUUCUGUUCCCCAAAUAACCCCACAGGUGCAGCUGCAACGAGGGAACAACUAACACAACUGGUAAAGUUUGCAAAGAAAAAUGGGUCAAUCAUUGUCUAUGAUUCUGCAUACGGCAUGUAUAUUGCAGAUGACAGCCCAAGGUCUAUCUAUGAAAUUCCUGGUGCAAAAGAGGUUGCCAUUGAGACAUCAUCUUUUUCCAAGUAUGCUGGGUUUACUGGAGUUCGUCUUGGAUGGACAGUAGUUCCCAAGGAGCUCCUUUUCUCAGAUGGAUUCUCUGUUGCAAAAGACUUCAAUCGUAUAGUCUGCACUUGUUUUAAUGGUGCAUCCAACAUUUCUCAAGCUGGUGGACUGGCUUGCCUUUCCCCAGAAGGCCUUAAGGCAAUGCGGGAUGUAAUUGAUUUUUACAAGGAGAAUACCGAAAUAAUAAUGGACACAUUUAAUUCACUUGGAUUUAAUGUAUACGGAGGAAAGAAUGCUCCAUAUGUGUGGGUUCACUUCCCUGGUCAGAGUUCAUGGGAUGUUUUCGCCGAGAUUCUCGAGAAGACCCAUGUCGUUACCACUCCUGGGAGUGGGUUCGGACCAGGUGGUGAAGGAUUUGUCAGGGUCAGUUCCUUUGGUCACAGGGCUAAUGUUUUAGAAGCUGCCAAAAGGUUUAUACAACUCUACAAGUAGACUCAAGUAUCUUAAUGAACUUGUCCCUUUCUUGGGCUUAAAUUUAGGAACUUGUUUACGAUUUAUCUUCUAUGUUCUUGUUUUGGCAGUUCUCAUUAUCAUUAUCUGAAGCUGUAAAAAUUGAUGCUUAGUGGGAUAGAUGACUAUAACUUAUUUAAAUCUUCGUGAUAUUGAUACGUAGCUUUGGUAAUGCUAUUUUAAAUUGAUACUUGCUGGUAA